AUGAUAAAUAUCAGCUUUGAAUCAUUCUACAAUGUCAUUGAUGGCGAGCUGGAGAAUACAACCGAGACUCGUCACGGAAUCAACCCGGCAACAUUGGAAAAAUUACCUCCGGUACCCGUCAGCACACCCGAAGAUGUUGACAGAGCCGUGAAUGCUUCCAGACGUGCUGCUGCAGCCUGGGCCGAGAUCCCUAUCGAAGAGCGCAAGCAAAAAGUCAUUCAAUAUGCUGAUGCCAUCGUCGCCCUUUCCGACGACUUCGGUCGCAUGUUGACAACAGAACAAGGGAAGCCCUUGAGUGCUGCUAGAGGAGAAGCGAAAGGUGCAGCCGAUUUCUUGAAGGGAUUCGCGCGCAUGUCUCUACCGGAACAGGUUGUCGAGGAUACUGAACAUCGUCGGGUGGUGACGCGGUAUGUGCCUGUCGGCGUCUGCGUGGGCAUUGUUCCAUGGAAUUGUAUGUUUCUUCCUUACAUUCUGUUCAUGGGACCAGCGUUGGUCGCAGGCUGCACAAUCAUUUUGAAGCCAUCUCCCUUCACGCCUUACUGUGGCCUCAAGAUGAUUGAACUCGCUCAACAUUACUUCCCUCCAGGCGUUGUUCAAGUGUUGAGCGGAGAUGAUAGGCUUGGCCCUUGGCUCACCGAGCAUCCCGAUGUAGCCAAGGUCUCCUUUACUGGCUCGACUGCUACCGGCAUCAAAGUCCUGCAGAGCUCCGCACCCUCUUUGAAGAAAGUCACACUCGAACUGGGCGGCAACGAUCCGGCAAUCAUCUGUCCAGAUGUGGAUAUUCCCAAAGUUGCAGCGAAGGCUGCUAUGAAGGCCUUUACCAACAGCGGUCAGGUCUGCAUCUCCAUCAAAAGGCUCUACGUACACUCAUCGAUCUAUGAUGAGUUCUUGGCGCAGUUGACUAAGGCUACGAAUGCACUUGUCGUGGGAAACGGCCUGGAUGAAUCGACGAAUCUGGGACCCAUCCAGAAUGUGAUGCAAUAUGAUAGACUCAAGGCCUUCGUGGCGUCACUUGAAGAUGAUGAGCUUAACAUUGUGGCCGGAGACGUGAAGCAUGCAUUUUCCCAGGGCAUGGGCUAUUUUAUGAACCCUCUUAUUGUGGACAACCCUCCAGAUGACUCUCGGGUUGUGGUUGAAGAGCCUUUUGGGCCUAUUCUUCCUGUUCUCAAAUGGGAAGCAGAGGAAGAUGUCAUCAAGCGUGCCAAUGACUCUGCUGACGGACUGGGAGCCUCAGUCUGGUCUCGUGAUCCGGCUCGAGCUGAAAGAAUGGCGGUGCAGCUGCAGGCUGGAAUGGUAUGGAUCAACACGCAUGCUGAACUGCAAGUAGAUGCCGUGUUCGCAGGACACAAGCGCAGUGGCAUUGGCAGCGAGUUGGGGCUUGAGGGUCUCAAGGCAUACUGUCUGACCCAAACCAUCGUACAUGACAAACUCGGAGCAUGA